AUGGCGGGGCAGCAGGUUGAUGUUAAUUUUUUUGUUCCUGAAGAAGUUGGAGCCGGCUUUGAACACCAACUAUUCGAGCCGACCUUGUCCCGAGAAAAGUGGGAGGGAAAAGUGGACCAAUAUGUGAUGGGAUUGACUCCUGAAGACAUGUUUCUGAUUGGCGGUACGCACGAUGCUACAGAUAAUUCUCAACUGAAACCUAGAUCGCUGAAAGCCUUGAAGAAGAGGAAGGCGCCUGCGGAUGUGGACGUGAAUGUGGCUAAGCAGCCUCCAAGGCGAAGGAAAACGUCAGCCACAAAUUUGCAAUCUGUAGAGGGCACCGCCAAUUCGGAAAGGGUUUCGCAAGAAGCCCAAGCUGGACCUUCUGAGAGCCAGACUCACCUGUAG